CAGACGCCAAAUCCCGGGGCGAAGUGUCAGUUCGUGGAAAGCAUCAUUGUUGGGAGCUGCACCUCCUCACAAAAUCAACCAAAACCGAAACGAAAACAAAGACAACCGACCAACAAACCCCUUCGAGCACGACGACACCAUGAGUUCUAGCAGCCAUACUCCCCAGAAAACCCCUUGGGUUAAAGUCACUGUAUCUAGCAGCGAAGAAAACCUUGAGAUGGAACGCCUCAUCGAUACCGGUACCCCGACGCGAACUGAUCAAGUCGUUUUGGAAGAAGAGCCAACAGCGCAGGCUACCAUUGUUUGCGAAAAGGAAAACAAAGAGCAGAACGAUGUAAAAACCGAAGGACCUCACGUAGUAGAGCGACACGAGGACUAUCCCAAGGCAAUUGUCGCUGCUUCCGCCACUGCUGGUGGCGUCUUGGGUUGCCUUGUUGGUGGCAUUGGCUGUGCUGUGGUGGGUGCCUUUGGAAGUGCCUUUGCUGCCAAACACAAGGCAGGAAGUUGUGUUGGUGAUUGCGCCCGUGCCAUGGGAGAAGUAGCGAUUGCCGUCCAGGAAAAGGCCGUCGCUCUGGAUGAAAAACAUCACAUUGUCACUGCAACCAAAAAGGCGGCUGGAGAGAGCUGGGAUCAGGCGCAAGCCAUUGACAACCAAUAUCGUGUCGCAGAAAAGGGCAAAAAUUGCAUUCUUGCAACAGGAAAAGCCGCCAUGGACUUUACAGUUCGUCAUCGCCUUGUGGAGCGCAGCGCCGAGGCUGCAGGGCGUGGUUUGACUUAUGUUGGAUCCAAGAUUGUUGUUACCGCAGAGGACGAAACCAACAAAUCUGUCUCUACUCAAAAGUAGAACAUCCUGCACUAAUUUUUAACCUAAAAAUAGAACGUUGAACAACUUACUCGUGUC